CACCUGUCUGGAUGCAGCGAGCGCCCUCUGGGCCCUUGGGCUCUGUGGGCCUCGGGUUCCUAGGCUGGGACAGCAGGUGGCAGUGCCACCCCACAGAGCUGGCUGGAGCAUGGGAUGCAACAGUGGGUGAGAAGGGGUGGCAGAGGCCCCCCAAAUCUCCCGUCCUCACCCCAUGUCCACGUUUCCCUGGAAGGAGGGUGGGAGGCCCUAGUGGCUCUUGUUCCUUCUGUCGCAGGACAGGGGAGGAGGAAGCAGCGGGGCAGAGAACGAGGGCCCGUAGGUACGGGGAGUGGAGGGGAGGUGCCAGGAGCCCUCAGCCACCCUGCUCCGCACCCCGCCACACACCCUGUCACGUUGGCCGGCCUGCCUCUGAGCAGCCUGAGUGCGUUGCGCGGGCCCUCCUCCCUGCGGGGACAGCAGAGGCUCAGUGCCCAGGCGGACUGUCGCCACAGGCCGGGGUGGAGGCAGGGCAGCUCCCCGGGAGGCGCUUCAUCCAGCCUGGAGCCUGGAAGAAGUCCUGGGGAGGCCCAGGUUUGCCCUGGUGAGGCAGACCCCCCGCCCUGCUCCUCUGUCCCGUCGGCUCCCCAGCUGCCAUCGAUGGACAUUGGCCUUCUGGAGCUCAGCGGGGGCCCCUGGCCCUGAGCUGGAUCACCGACGUCUGCCACGGCACGGGCUGGGGGUCAGCGCCGAGUCUGUGCCAUCAGGGACCCGCACCGCGGUCCCCCAGCCCGGGGGAGCUUCAGGUGGAUGGAGGGGCGCAGGCUUGGCUCACACCCUGAACUGGUUUGGCGAGCUUCCUCACCCUUUGGGGCUUUUUGUUUUUUGCUUUGUCCUGAAAGUUCCACAGGUGAUUCAGAUGUGCAGCUAGGGUUGGAAACCACUGGACAGGGCAAUUCUCUCCUUUGCACCCUACAACUUCCUUCCUUCCUUCACUCAACACACACUCAGUGACCAUAGUUUAGACUUGACCACGUGAGGAGAGGGCAGCCCAGAGAAAACCUUCUUGAGAAGUGGCGGAACUACACCACACGUUCUUUCACUCGACAAGCGUUCACCCGGCACCUGCCGUGUGCCGUGCCCUGGCCUGGACACAGGGACGCAGCCCCAGACACCACGGCCAGCCCUGCCCUCUGGGAGCUCAGGAGGUCACCAAGCCGGAACCCUGGAGAGGACACCUACUCCUCUCCUCGCCGCCCUGCAGACCCACUCUGUCCUGGGGGACUUUCCUCUCCCGGCCAGUAGGGAAUGGUGUGCUAGGUGCUGGGCACAGGGCCUCGCGGGGUUUGUGGGUUUAACACACAUUACAGAGUGCUCUCGUGAUGUCACGCCCUGCCGCCCAGGUGCUGGGGGUGCGACUGUGGCCACAGGAGACCCAGUCCCUGCUGUCACGGAUCUCCUGGUGUGCGUGUGCGAGUGCGUGUUUCUGUGUGGACCGGGGUGACGAGCUGACUCCAGGUGGCCAGAACGGUUGGCCAGCUCACAUCUUCUGGAAACGAUAUGCAAGUGUACAGAAGAGUCCCCAAACCCCUGAGACCCUUCUAGGGACAAAAAAGCAUACACAGGAACCCCGCUGAAGACCUCGGGGUCAGAAAGCCAGGGUGCAUCCUGUCUCCACCACUCACUAGCGUAUCAGUCAAGGGACUUUCUUUGAGCCUGUUUCACCCCCUACAUGGGAUGAUAAACCUCUUUCCAGGGUCGUUGCAAACGUUUAUUGAGAUAAAUUUGUAUAGGACGUCUUGGCACAUAGUAAAGCUGAAUAAAUGCAUGCGGGGUAACAAUAGGGUGGUCGUGAGGAUUCAAUGACAUAAUCAGGGCCAACAUUGACUGGCACAAAGUAGGCAUUCCAUAAAGGAGGUGGUUAUUUGCCAAAACAGCCAGCCAGAUGUUUUUUCCUUGGGGUAAGAAGAAUGCAUUUUACAAAGUAAUAAACUAUGGAGCUAUCUUUUUUGGGCUCCAAUACUGACUGCUUCUUGCUAGCUGUGUGAUCUUAGACAAAUACUUUACCUCUCUGUGCCGCAAUUCCUUCAUCCUUAAAACAGAUGUCGUAGUCCCCGCCCCAGGCGGCUUGUGAGUUUUAAAUAAAUUGACAGAUGGAAAGCGCUCAGAACGGCUCCUGGCACGUGAGGGCUAUAGUGAGUUUUAUGAUGAUGAUUCUUAUUUUUACCUUGCGCGCACAAGCCACAGCGAGGGCCGCCACCUCCCAUCUUCGGGCCACAGUCCGCUCGCGGCAGCCCCCUCCCUGGCCCUCCACAGGAACCGGGAGGAGCGCGCAGGCGCGUUGGGGCAAAGUAUCGGCGGUGACCCAAGCAGCCCGGUUGGCGGCCAUCUUGGUCAAGGGCAGCGGCGGCGGCGUCUCUGCGUCAUCAGUCUGCGCGGCGGGCGGGCCGCCGGCGGGCCAGAUCGCUUCGGGAGCGGCGGGGGCGGCCGGGGGUGCACGGCUGAGGGGCGUGAUGGGGGAGGCGGCCGUGGCCGUGGGGCCUUGCCCGCUGCGCGAGGACAGCUUCACGCGCUUCUCGUCGCAGAGCAAUGUGUACGGGCUGGCUGGCGGCGCGGGCGGGCGCGGGGAGCUGCUGGCCGCCACCCUUAAAGGCAAGGUGCUGGGCUUCCGCUACCAGGACCUCCGGCAGAAAAUCCGGCCUGUGGCCAAGGAGCUGCAGUUCAACUACAUCCCCGUGGACGCCGAGAUUGUCUCCAUCGACACCUUCAACAAGUCGCCCCCAAAGCGGGGCCUGGUUGUGGGGAUCACGUUCAUCAAGGAUUCCGGGGACAAGGGCAGCCCCUUUCUUAAUAUUUACUGUGACUACGAGCCUGGCUCUGAGUACAACCUCGACUCCAUUGCCCAGAGCUGCCUGAACCUGGAGCUCCAGUUCACGCCUUUCCAGCUGUGCCAUGCAGAGGUUCAGGUCGGGGAUCAACUGGAGACCGUGUUUCUCCUGAGUGGGAAUGACCCUGCCAUUCAUCUCUACAAGGAGAAUGAGGGGCUGCAUCAGUUUGAGGAACAGCCCGUGGAAAACCUCUUCCCGGAGCUCACGAACCUCACCAGCAGCGUCCUCUGGCUUCACGUCCACAACCUCCCCGGCACAUCCCGGCGACUCUCGGCUCUCGGCUGUCAGAGCGGAUAUGUCCGUGUCGCCCACGUGGACCAGCGGAGUCGAGAGGUUCUGCAGACGUGGACAGUCCUGCAGGAUGGCCCCAUCUCCCGGGUGAUCCUGUUCAGCCUCUCAGCCCCCGAGGAGACCAAGGACAGGCCCCAGCAGGACGAGUACAGCGUGCUCGUGGCCAGCAUGUUGGAGCCAGCAGUGGUGUAUCGGGACCUCCUGAGCCGGGGCCUGGAGGACCAGCUUCUCCUGCCCGGCAGCGACCAGUUUGACAGCAUCCUCUGUGCCCUGGUCACCGAUGUCGAUUUGGACGGGCGGCCAGAAGUCCUGGUGGCCACCUACGGACAGGAGCUGCUCUGUUAUAAGUACUGUGGCCCCGAGUCCGAGCGCGGAUUCCGCCUGCUGUGGCGGCGGAGUUUCUCCAGCCCGCUGCUGGCCAUGGCUCACGUGGACCUGACCGGGGACGGGCUGCGGGAGCUGGCCGUGGUCUCCCUCAAGGGCGUGCACAUCCUGCAGGAUCUCUUCUUGUGUGGUCUAGCCUGGUUCUUUCUCCUGGAGCCUGACCUUGCUGCCUUUUCUGCACUCUUUGCCAGCGCCUUUUCCUACCAUCCAUUCCCUAAUGGAAUGCUCUAGGUUAGACCUCAGGAGAAAAGAUACAGGUUGGAGCCCAGUGAAAAGAUCUGAGGUUGAACCACAGUGGAUGGGACAAAGGUUAGACCCUAGUAAAACAGAAUGAGGUUAGACCCAGUGGAGCGGUCUGAGGUUAGACCCAGGGGAGAGGUCUAAGGUUAGACCCUAAUGGAAAGGGCAUAGGCUAGACCACAGUGGAAGAGGCAGUGGUCCAACUAGGGGAGAAAGGACUUCCCUUUUACUGUGGUUUCACCAUCCUGUCAUCCCUCAUUAUGGUCUCUUUCAAGCCAUUCCCCUGUGAUCUCCUCUCUGUCGUUUCCAAUAGGGUCUAACCUCAGACCCUCCAACCAGGCUCUAACUCCAUCUCUCAUGUGGUGGUAGAUUCCUCCAUUCUCCACUUUGCUUUGCUCCUCCUCUGUCCUGUUGGCCUGUCCUUUUCUGCCAGGGUCUCUCCUUUGUCUCCCCCACCGUGGUCUAACCUCAGCCUCUCUCCGGUGGUCAAACCUCACUCCCAUAUAAUGCAAUCUCUCACUCAUAUUUUGAUCCAUCCUCAUCCCUUCCACCGAGGUCUAACCUCAGACCCAUACAUUUGGGUCUAGGCUGUUUGCUCCCCUGGAAAUUGACUGAAGACCGUCCCCCUGGGUCUAACCUUCACCCUGUCACAGAGACCGGUCUCCACCCCACACGCUGUGUCUGUUCUCUGACCUCCCGCCGUGGCCGAGCUCCCGGCCGCCGGGGUUGUCUCAUUCAGGCCCGCGCUCUGCCUCAGCCCCGCCCUCCCGCUU